CCACUCUUAUCUUCUCCUUGCCUUCCCCCACUCACUCCUCAGACCUCACUCUCUGCAAUUUCUAUUCAAAAGAGAGGGGACAAAAAAAAAAAAAAGAGAAAAUAUUCGCUAGAGAAAAUAGUAGUAGUACUAGUAUCCUUUUAUCAAUAAACCAAUAAUUUGUAUACAUCAGCAGCUAAGAAUGGCAACAAUCUCUUUGGGGAUUUCGGCGAGCUUUCUGACUAAAGAAACGCCGUCGUCGUUUUCAGUCAGUCUUGCCCCUCCCGUCGCUGUGCGUGCAAACCUGCGCCCUUUGCGUACUGUGACCCUCGCCACCGUCUCCAAACCGGCUGCCGAGACCAAGAAGCGCGAGCCCAGAGGCAUUAUGAAGCCGCGCCGUGUCUCCCCGGAAAUGCAGGCCUUCCUCGGAGGGGUUUCUGAGAUCCCUCGUACUCAAGCCCUCAAGGAGAUUUGGGCUUACAUCAAACGCCACAAUCUUCAGGAUCCUGAGAACAAGAAGGUGAUUAUUUGUGAUGAGCAGCUGAAGAAGAUUUUUGGAGGAAAAGAUCGUGUUGGGUUUCUUGAGAUUGCAGGGUUGAUUAGUCCUCACUUUUUAAAGUGAAAUUGUCACCUUCACAUUACUCCACAUUUUGCAAGGAAAGCACAGCUUUGUAAAUGGAAAUUUUGGGACUUGGUUGAUGGAAUUACUUCUAGGAGAUGUUAGUAGUGAUUACCACCGCUCUUGCUAGUAUUUCCUUCCAGAUAUUUCAGUACUGCCCCCCAUGUGACCAGGAUGGAUAUCCUCCUAGUUUGGAUGGAUAAUUUUGUUUUUGUUUUUGGUUGGGGCAGUCAGAAUUUGCAUGUGGGCUUACAACUGCCAAAUCUGGAAUAUCAAGUAUAUUAUGUUACCCCGUAUUUAGGCUCAACAGCUCGCCAAAUUACCAUAUGGCUUCGUUUGGA